AUGGACGAAUGCUCGAAACGACUUUUAUUUACAGAAAUAUUCGGUGCCAGCGAUAGCGAAGACGAUAUCGAUAACGCCGAAAAAGAACCUGCAUAUACUGAUACGAGCGAUGAUAGCCAUAUCAAUUUCAAACACACAAACAACCGUAUUAUAAAAAAUUCCGCCCACAUUCAUCCGACCCUUGUGGUUCCCCAAGUCUUUCCAGCUAUCCCUGGUCUCAGCCUCUGCAGAGAACUUGUUACAGACGAGGAACAAAAGACUCUUAUAGAUGGCAUAAUAGCGCAAGGAUACUUUAGCAAUCCGGGAACGAAUCAAGCAAUGUGUUUUGGAACGCUUCCUCCUUUCAUUGUCGAGACUGUCGAGAACAUUCUAAAUAGGACAGAUGGAUUGUUACCAAAAAGUAUUCUACUCGGAAGAAGGCCGGUCUUUGAUCAGGCACGUAUAUUGAAUGUCAAGGGAUCAAAAGUCAUGUGGACCUUCCGAGGCACGUUUGAAGAUGGAAUUCUAGCCAUUUCGCUCUUGUCUAGUUGCGUAAUGCAGUUCAGACCAGCAUCCGAGGCGAGCAAACAGGCGUUAUCUUAUAAUAGUAGUAGGACGUAUCCUCAAUCAGAUGAAAUCAUUCCAAUACUUUUGAGACCUGGUGAUGUUUUAGGAAUGAGUGGAGAAGCGAGAUAUAAUUGGGAACAUGCAAUUGAAGAAACACUGGUUGACGAAAUUAAUGGAGAACGAAUAAUCAGGAGUGUCAGAGUGAGUAUUACUCUGAGAAAGAUGAAGGAAAGAAUUGGGGAAAUUAUAUAG